CGCGGAUUUCGCGUUCUCAUCAACCCGCCACCCUUCAAGCCACCUCACCACUCAGCACACCAGGAUUGACCAGUCCCAACGACAUCGGGGCUAACAAAUCCUUCGCCCGAUUUGGGCCCAGAUCCAGUGCAACAUAAACCCAAUUCAUAUCCCGAGAACCAACGGCGACCAUCGCCAUCACCAUCUACAGAUAGACUCGACCACCACAAAAAGAGGACACAGCCUCUACUCCAUCACAGGAACACCAUGCCACCGCGCAAAUCCACCUCCUCGGUGACACCGGCUGAGACAGAUGAGCCGUCGCAGCUAUCCCCGCAGGCGCAGGGCACGGCCGACAAGCCCAUCACCGCGACGGAGCAGCAAAUAAAGGCACGGGCAGAGCUCGGUGUUAGCGUCGAUGACUAUCUCCUCCCACGCUCGUUGACGAUCCGACUGGCGAAAUCGGUGCUCCCGCCCAACACGACGAUUCAAAAGGAUGCCGUCCUGGCCAUCCAAAAGGCUGCUACCGUUUUCGUCUCCUACCUCUCGUCACACGCCAACGACGCAACCCUCAAACGCACCGUCGCCCCCGCAGACGUCUUCAAUGCCCUCUCCGAACUAGAAUUUGACUCCUUCCGCUCCCGCCUUGAACAAGAACUCGAAGCCUACACGGAAAUCAAGGCUGGCAAGCGCAAAGCCAAGAAAAGCGAUGCCAACGGCGGCGCUGGUGAUGCCGACUCCUCUGCCGCAGCGGGUCCUUCUACAACGCGCGAGGACGAGGAUGUCGAGAUGGUUGAUAACCCUGCGAAACGGGUGAAACGUGAUGGUGAUGAUGGCGCGGGCUCUGCUAGUGCAGCGCAGGCUGAUGGGGAUGAGACGCAGGAGGAGGAGGGAGAGGAAGAUGAGGGUGAGGGUGAGGAUGAGGACGAAGAGGGCGAGGGUGAAGAUGACGAUGAUGAGGGGGAUGAGGAUGACGAGGGGCAGAGGGGUGAUGAGGAUGUUGAUCGGGUGGAGGACUUGGAUGCGCCUAGGCGGAUGGACCCCGAUGCUGAUGAGACGGACGAUGAUGAUGGGCCUGCUAGUCAGUUGCGGGAUGACCUUGGUCUUGGAUAAGGAGACGGGGGAUGACUUGGAAAAAUUACUGGAGGUUGUCUGAUGUGUGUUGGCUAGGGCGGUUUUAGUACUAUCGUGAAGGUUGGAGGGCGAAGUCCUUGGGAGGGCUCCUCAUCGCCAUAGAAAUGAACAUAUAUAAUGACGAAUUGAUUCAUGCGUUUUAGUUGAA